CUUGAAACCCCUCCACUACUGGGCUGGAGGAGCUUUUCGAAGUCUCUGUGCUCCCCUGAGGGGAGAGAGGGGAUGGAGGCUGAGAGACCCCAGGAAGAAGAGGAUGGUGAGCAGGGCCCCCAUCAGGAUGAGCAAAGCUGGCCCCCUGUGAACACCACCACUCGGCCUUGGCGAUCUGCUCCUCCAUCCCCUCCUCCAGGGACCCGCCUCACAGCCCCGGGACGCCGCUCGGCCUCCCUGCUCUCCCUGCAGACUGAGCUCCUUCUGGACCUGGUGGCUGAGGCUCAGUCCCGUCGCCUAGAGGAGCAGAGGGCCACCUUCCAAGCUCCCCACAAUCCCCCAAGACUAGCCCCAGCCCCAUCCUGGCCUCCUGAAGACAGAGAACAGCUCUACAGCACCAUCCUCAGUCACCAGAGCCAGCGGAUUGAAGCCCAGCGGUCAGAGCCUCCCCUACCGCCAGGGGGACAGGAGCUCCUGGAAUUGCUGCUGAGAGUUCAGGGUGGGGGUAGAAUGGAAGAACAAAGGUCCCGGCCCCCCACACACAUGCGUGCUGAGACUUGAGUCCCUACCAGUCCCUGGGCACUCACUCCUGAGGCUCAAAGCUGGGCAGCCCCCUGCAUACCCUCAACCCUGCUUGGCAGGGGCACCAGAGACUGAACCCAGCAGAAAUCUCAAUACUCAUCACCCUUAUUCACACUCCCUGGGAAGUGGAGGGGGUGAGAGUCCUCAAACCCUGGGAAUAAUCAAGGUAGGAUAGUCAUUUAAAUCUCUCCCUGAGUACAUGGGAGCUCAAGGCAGCAAGAGGAUCCCAGCCGCCAAAGGACACCCCAUCAUGACUCUAAUCUCAAGGAGUGGCUUGUAGUCUUGGUACUGAGCUGGGGGGACACCCUCAGUAGUCAAGCCAAUAGGCAGGAUCUGAGGACUCAGGCCUCCAAUUCUCAAGAAAAGGCCAAUUUCCUAAGGUUGUGACCUGAGGGACAGUUCCACCCUCUUUCCCAAAAUGAAAGGGAGGGCGCCACCGCAAAGAGAUAGAGACUAUUCUCCCACUCCCACGACCAGCACCCAGCCCCGGGACCAGGGGGCCUGCAGGCUGUGAAUGGACACAGCCCGAACCACCGUCCCUCUCCACUGCUGCUCCGCGUCUGUCUGAUGUUUCGGUUGUAUGAAUAAAUGUGACUCCCCUCUGGA